AUGGAGGAGGUUGUAAACAAUGAUAACAAUGGAAAUCAUAAUCAUAAGCCUGAACAAGGACCAAAUGAAGGAAGAGGGCCAUCAUUGAAUGAUAUGGCUGCUCCCUUCAGAAAUGGUCCAGAACGAGGCCUACGAGAUGGAAAGACUUUACCACCCCCAGAUUUAGUGGCACGACCUCGGAAGCGCGAACCAGCAAAACAGCCCAUAGGAAAGGAAGCCGAAAAAGCCACUGACCCUUCACACCUUGAAGCUCAGACAGGACCAGAAGAGAAGGUCCAGAGCAAUGAGUCUGCUGAAAUCAAACCGGAUGACGCAACACCUGUAGCAGACCUUAGAGCAACAAAAGUCAGUGAACCAGUUUCAGUACCAACCUAUGUUCCCCCAUGCAAGAGAAGGAGUGAACCGAUUGAGCCUCCUUUUCCACAGAGGUUGAAAAAGCAACACGAGGAUAAGCAGUUUAGCCAAUCAUUCCUGGCUACCGGUGAUGCUAUCAUAAAUGUCAGAAAGGGCGAACUUUCCAUGAGUGUAAACGGAGAAGAAGUGAAGUUUAAUGUCAUGAAAGCAAUAAAAUUUGAUGAAGAUAACACUGAGGAAUGCUCUAGCAUUUCGAUCCUUGACUCGGUCAUAAGAGAUGAACAGCAGGAGCAUUUGCAGCCAGAGAUAGGCAUGAAGGACUUUGAAGAGCUGGAAGAAUACCUUGCAUCCAUCAGUUUCCACCAACCCCAGGGAAGGAAAGAAAGGAGAGGAACUUCUAUAGCGAAGGGAUUUACGAGACUUAGGGAAGAGAGAUACAGUCAAGUCAUUCCAGGAGAGGAUGCUAGCAGUGUUGCCUCGGAUAAUGAUUUGAUCGUGCAGGCAUCUGGUGGGGUUAACCGUAAAGGACAGUUGCAGGGUACAGUUGCACAGCAAGAGGAGAGGGCUGCACAGCAAGAGGAGAAGGCUGCACAGAAAGAGGAGAGGGUUGCACAACAACAAGAGAUGGCUGCACAACAGGAGAAAAAGGCUCAGCAACAGGAUAGUUUCAUGGUUAUAAUGCAGAGGCGAAUGGACAAAAUGGAGAAACUUUUGCGAAGGCUUCCUGAGGCAUUUUUAGAUACUGAGAAUGACGACGAGACUCAGCCCCCGUCUCAAGACCUAGGUGAUGACUCUGAUCAUGCAGGUCAUCCACCAGUAUGGCUUUUGUAUCUUUGUUGGAUGUAUAUGACAUGGACUAUUGUACAUAGACUCUUUUGA